GCCUUGCUCGACUCAGAGUACUUUCAUCGUUUGCUUACCACAAAUCUAUUCGUCAUGUCUGGCCGUGGAAAAGGUGGAAAGGCUAAGGGAAAGGCGAAGUCACGAUCCAAUCGUGCUGGAUUACAAUUCCCCGUUGGACGUAUCCAUAGACUUCUGCGUAAAGGAAAUUACGCCGAACGCGUUGGCGCUGGUGCCCCGGUCUAUCUUGCCGCGGUGAUGGAAUACCUCGCUGCGGAAGUAUUGGAGUUGGCGGGAAAUGCUGCUCGUGAUAACAAGAAGACCAGAAUCAUCCCCAGGCACUUACAGCUAGCCAUCCGUAAUGACGAGGAAUUGAAUAAAUUGCUCUCUGGAGUUACCAUCGCUCAGGGUGGUGUACUGCCGAACAUCCAAGCAGUCUUGCUGCCAAAGAAAACUGAGAAGAAAGCUUAACCAGAUUGGCAACGAUUAUAAACGGCCCUUUUUAGGGCCAACAAUUUCCUUACACGAAGGAUAUUUCUUAUUCGCAAUUCUUUUAUUAUCAAUUUUAUUUUAUUUUCAUACAUUUUAUAUAUCGAUAUAUGUUCUGUAUUAUCAAGUAUGUUUACAUUUCUCUCUGAAAUCUUCUUAUCGAUUAUUACAAUAUUAUAUUGCCAAAAUAUUUGAAAAAUCAUAGACAAAGAUACGCACGUAUAAUUCUAAAUCAUAAAGUACAUUCAAUUAGUGCCUAAAAUAAUUGUAUAUUUUGUGGUCUCUAUUAUUAAAGAAACUAAAUUAAA